CCCACACCCCCCCCCCCACUCUUUGUUUUCUUAUAUCACAAAGCACAGCUGAAACUCAUGCGUCUUGCAACAGUAAUAACACAACGAACGAUUCAAUACUGCGUUCGACGAUCGCUUUGGACUAGCGCCACAGCAACAGCUCGCACAACAGAGGAAUGCAUCCAACAAGCAGCCAGCAAGUUGUCCAUGAAGGAUCCCAACGUGUGCGUCGCGCUUGUGUCGAAAACAUUCCCCGAUUACCGCGCGGUGACCAAACAACUCGCUGCCCAUUUCAAUGCAAAGUACACGAUUGGAUGCGUUGUAGACCAUGUGCCCGGCGUCAAGCACGGCAUUAGUCUCUUGUUGGGUGACACGGACUGUGUGCCGUUCCAUAUCCCUGACAGCCAACAGCGCGAGAAAGUGCGGACUAUCAGUGUGGGUCGCUGGGGCCGUGUCGAGGAUUUUGACAGAUUGCGGUUUCAGGGAAAUAAACUCAAUGACGACGGCUGGGACGCCUUUAAUACUAUCAGUCGUCCUGCACACCAAGUGGCUUUACCAUCCACCUUACAGACGCGAUCUGAAACACCGUCGUUUGUGUUUAUGGCUUCAGAUAAUGAGCCUGAUCAGUUAUUGCACGCACUUGACCAUCAUUUCCCAGAUAUACCCAAGAUCGGCGUGAUCGGUGCAUCCACUCCAUUCAUUACCGGUGAACCCUAUGCAUUGUUUUGUAACCAAGAACUGCUGGGCGGCGGUAUUGUUGGAUUUGCUUCUUACAACGACCAGCCGAUCAGCGAGAUUCAAGUGGAGCAUUCUGCUUUGGAACCUUUGGGAGAACCUUUGACUAUCACACGAUGCCGCGGUAACAUCAUUUUGGAUUUGGAUCAGGCGGGUGCAACAGGAUUGUUAUUAGCCUUGAUCCAGCAAGGACAAAGUGCUCGGAUAGCCAAGGAUCAAGAGUUCUACUUGGGUGUCUAUCCACCGUGUAGUGAUGAUUCAAGCAAGAUGGCAGUGAAUCGUAUUACAAGCGGUGAUCCAUCACGCGGCAAUAUGUCCGUAGAUACCACAGCUGAUCUACAAGUUGGACAGAGGGUUCAGUUUAUGAAACGUCGGCCUUGUGAUGUCAAACAUGUAGCAGCAGAGAAACUGGCGUUUGGUGUAGUGGAUCAGGACCAUACCAUUGAUGCCAAACCGCUCCAAAUUUCUGAUACACCCAAGGUCCUGUCUGAUGUUUUUGGAGCAGCAAGCGAGAACGGAGUCAUAGUAGGACGACCAGGACUGUCAAGUCAGAUUCUCGAUGUACCUUAUUCUGUAGUUAAACUCCACAACUAGUGCUAUGUACAGCAGUAGAAAAUUAUUAUUCUCCUUUC